CCCAACAUGGCGGCUCCCAGCGGCCGCCGGCCGCAGCCCGCGGGGCCGGGCGGGGGCAGCGGCGCCGGGCCCGGGGCUCUGCGGGGCGCCGAGGAGGACGCCGAGGGUCUCUACGUGGCGGUGGAGCGGUGCCCGCUCUGCAACACCACGCGCCGCCGCCUCACCUGCGCCAAGUGCGUGCAGAGCGGCGACUUCGUCUUCUUCGACGGGCGCGACUCCGAGAGGUUUUCAGAAAAGAAAGAAAGGCUGAUGCAUCUUAAAACCAAACAGAGAGAAUUCCAAAAACAUGUUUUGAAGGCCAUGGAAGGGAAAGAAAUAACUGAUCAGCUGAGAUGGAAAAUAAUGUCUUGCAAGAUGAGGAUUGAGCAGCUGAAACAGACCAUUUGCAAAGAAAAUGAUGAAAUGACAAGACACACAGAGGGGCUGCUGAGGAUUAAAGAGGAGAACCAGAAGCAUUAUCGCAGGGCUCAGAGGCACCAGGAGAAGAAGGAGAAGAUCCAGAAGCACAACAGGAAACUGGGAGACCUGGUGGAGAAAAAAACCUACGACCUGAAAACGCAGUACGAGCACCUGGCAAACCUCCGGCGCGCACACAUCCUGGAGCUGACCUCGGUCAUCUUCCCCAUGGAGGAGGUGAAGACAAGCAUGAGGGACCCUGCAGACGUGUCCUCAGAGAGUGACAAUGCCAUGACCUCCAGCACUGUGAGCAAGCUGGCAGAGGCACGGAGAACCACGUACCUGUCCGGGAGGUGGGUGUGUGACGACCACAACGGGGACACCAGCAUCAGCAUCACGGGGCCCUGGAUCAUCCUCCCCAACAACGGGGACUACUCUGCUUACUACAACUGGGUGGAGGAGAAGAAGACUACACAGGGACCUGAUAUGGAACAUAAUAACCCUGCUCAUACCAUCAGUGCUGCAUUGUGCUAUGCAACUCAGCUCGUUAACACUUUGUCUCUCAUACUUGAUGUAAAUCUUCCCAAGAAGCUCUGCAACAGUGAAUUCUGUGGAGAGAAUCUCAGCAGACACAGGUUCACACGGGCAGUGAAGAAGCUGAAUGCUAAUAUCCUUCACCUCUGCUUCUCUCAGCAUGUAAAUUUAGAUCUGUUGCACCCCCUGCAUACCCUCAGGAACCUCAUGUACCUGGUCAGCCCAGACACCGAGAACUUGGGCAGGUAAGCAAAUCAAAAUAUGAAAUCUUCUGUGGCUGAAUCCCUUUGGAAUUGUUACUUGUGAGGGAAACUCUCUUCUGCUGUGCCUAUAGAUCAGUCCUCAGCACAGAAAUCAGGGUAGUUCUAGGAGGAGGAAAGACUGGACAGAAAAAGGAGCUCCUGAGUAGGAAAUUAAAUUUCUAGACGUGUGUUUGCUGUGCUUCUGCCUAUGGCAGGCUCAGCUGGAGGCUCUGCAGCUGAUGAUGGACUCAUUUCCCCUACACCCAGGAGCAGGAACUCCUUCCCUGCAGGGAACAGCAGCACAAAUGCCAGGCAGCUUUGCCAUGCUCUAAGUGUGACCCUGCCCAGACCUUGCCAACAUGCAAAUACCUGAGAGCAUCCAGAAAUACAAACCCUGAAAACAGUCCCAGGCAAACCUUUCCCAGAAUACUUCCAGUCAAUGAACUGCCUAGACCAAAGCUGACCCUUUAAAUAAUACUCAUUUAUAUGUAAAUUAAGAUUAAAGACAACUGUUCUCUUAGCUUAGAACGUGAUGAAAAGAACAUCAGUUCUGGCAUGCACACACCAGGUUUAAUAAUUUAUUUCUUUUUUUACAAGUUAAGUAUAAGAAAGCAAACAACAC